UCUCCGAGGUUCGAAGAUCGAUCUUACUUACCUUGGUUGUUGGAAAGACUUGCUUUGCAUUAGGAAGUUACACUUACACAUCACAGGUUGCAGCUAAAUGGCAUCAUUGGUUGCCAGUCAAAUGUCUCCUUCGGUUUCUGUCAAAGAGAAGGGAAGUAGGAAUAAGAGAAAGUUCAGAACUGAUCCACCUUUAGGGGAACCAAAUAACAUUGUUCCUUCGCCUCAACAUGAAAGCAUUAGUUAUGAAUUCUCUGCCGAAAAAUUCGAAACAACAGCAGGUCAUGAGGAAUCCUCAGUUUUUGACCCGUCCAGUGUUAAUCAAGAUCAUUCUAAUGCAUUGAAGCUUGAACUUGGAUUGUCUAGUCCUGUGGUUUCUUCAGAAGUUGGGAUUAGCCAACCCAAGGAGGAGCAUGAGGUGGAUGAAUUGAGUGAUGCUGAUUGGAGUGAUCUCACAGAAGUGCAAUUGGAAGAACUUCUCUUGAGCAAUUUGGACACCAUUUUUAAGAGCGCAAUAAAAAAGAUUGUUGCAAGUGGAUACACCGAAGAAGUUGCUACAAAAUCCAUCUUAAGGUCUGGCAUCUGUUAUGGAUGUAAAGAUACUGUAUCGAAUAUAGUUGAUAAUACGUUAUCAUUGCUAAGAAAUGGACAAGAGAUGGAUCCUUCACAAGAGCAUGGUUUUGAGGAUUUAGUCCAGCUAGAGAAGUACAUGUUGGCUGAAUUAAUUUGUGUGCUUCGGGAGGUUCGACCAUUCUUUAGUACUGGGGAUGCAAUGUGGUGCCUGUUAAUUUGUGACAUGAAUGUUUCACAUGCUUGUGCAAUGGACACCGACCCUUUAGGUAGUGAUAGCAUGGUUGAUGGUUGUUCUUCUGUUCAACCCGAAUCGCAAUCAAAUAUAGAAGCAAAAGGUGCUGAAUUGACCCUUCCAAGUCCUUGUAAAUCUGCUUCCUCAACUGAGAAAUCAGAUGUGGCUGGAGAUUCUGUUGCAAACAACUCAAAGAAUUUUCAAAUUCUUGAUGAACUCUUGGAGAAAGAGAGCGCUGAUGCUGAAUGUAGUAAUGUUGGAACAUCUCAGUCCCCCCUAUUAGAAGAAAAGUGUGGUAGUGUUAGGAAGGUAAAUUCCACUGGUUCCAAGAGGGAUUACAUUCUUCAACAGAAGUCAUUCCAUGUUGAAAAAGGUUGUCGGACACAUGGAUCUAAAGGGUCUUCAAGAGGAGGAAAGGGAAGUGGUUUGAGUAGUUUAAUCUUGGAGAGAAAACUUAAAUCCAUUUCAGAAGCUACUGCAAUAAGCUUAAAGAGUGCAUCCUUAAAGAUAAGUAAGGCAAUGGGAAUUGAUGUGACCCAAGACAAUCUUAAUCCUAACCCCAUCACAGUGAGCUCUGAUUCUACUGAUACUGUUUCUUGGUCAACGGAUACGUUGUCUCUAAUACCUGCAGCAGAUACUAUACCUACAGUCACUGUCCCAACUGCAUUAUCUGCCACAGAUACCGACCUUUCUCUUUCAUUGUGCUCCCAAAGCAAGUCUUCUACAACGCCAUUAUGUUGCAAUAAUGAGACUCCUAACGAUAGUUGUACAGGGAUACUAUUUGACAAGUCCCUGGGGCAAUGGACACCGCAAGAUAGAAAGGAUGAGAUGAUUAUGAAGUUGAUUCCGAGGGUACAAGAGCUGCAAAAUCAGCUUCAAGAAUGGACUGAAUGGGCGAAUCAGAAGGUUAUGCAGGCUGCUCGUCGGCUGAGUAAGGACAAGGCUGAGCUCAAGACACUAAGGCAAGAGAAAGACGAAGUUGAACUUCUAAAAAAAGAGAAGCAAACUCUUGAGGAAAACACCAUGAAGAAGCUUUCUGAGAUGGAAAAUGCCUUGCGCAAAGCAAGCAGGCAGGUAGAACGAGCUAAUGCUGCUGUCCGGAAGCUUGAGGUGGAGAAUGCUAUGCUGAGGCGAGAGAUGGAGGCUGCUAAGUUACGUGCGGCAGAAUCGGCCACAAGCUGUCAAGAGAUCUCAAGGAGGGAAAAGAAGACUCAAAUAAAGUUUCAGUCACGGGAGAAGCAGAAAUCUUUAUUUCAGGAAGAGCUAAUGACGGUAAAGUGCAAAUUAGCCCAACUACAGCAGGUUUUGGAGCAAGCUAAAGUACAACAAGAGCAAGCUGAGGCUAGAUGGGAGCAGGCAGCAAAGGCAAAAGAUGAACUUCUCCUUCAGGCAAGUUCUAUAAGAAAGGAAAGAGAGCAAAUUGAAGAGUCCACAAAAUCCAAGGAAGAGAUGAUCAAAUCAAAAGCAGAAAUAGAUUUGCAAAGGAACAGUGAUGAUAUCCAAAAGCUCGAAAAAGAAAUCGCGCAAAUGAGGCUAAAGACUGACUCUUUCAAAAUUGCUGCACUGAGAAAGGGAAUCGAUGGAAGCCACAACGGCGGCUAUACAGACAUGAAAAACAGCACUUAUAUGGAAGAAUCAAAGAGUUCUUGUAUCUCAGAACUGGUUACUAGUUUAAGUGACUACUCCUUGAUGGUUGGUGUGAAACGAGAGAGGGAAUGUGUGAUGUGCCUUUCCGAGGAGAUGUCGGUCGUGUUCCUCCCCUGUGCUCAUCAGGUGGUUUGCACUACAUGCAAUGAACUGCAUGAGAAACAGGGUAUGCAAGAUUGCCCUUCUUGCCGGAGUCCCAUUCACCGGCGAAUUUCUGUUCGUUAUGCUCAUACUUAAUUUAUUUGCUUAAGUGGGUUGAGAGUUUUAAAUAAUGUCAGUGAGACUCACUUGCAUAGAAUAAUGCAUUUGAAUCAUGCAGAUUUGUUUGAUGUAUACAUUAAUUUAUUUUCAUUGUCAAUGUUGAUCAUAGAGGUAAGUAACACUCUUGUAAUAUUUUCCAAGCCAUAAUUUUGGAAUUACAGUCAGCAAGCAAAAUA